AUGACGUCCAACACUUACUCGGUGGCACGGGUCUACGCAGACGCAAACAAGCAGAAGCCGCAAGAAUACUGGGACUACGAGGCCCACACCAUCGAGUGGGGCAGUAUCCGCAACUACGAAAUCGUCAGCAAAAUCGGGCGCGGCAAGUACUCGGAGGUGUUCGAGGGCGUCAACGUGCGCAACGAUGAGCCCUGCGUGAUCAAGGUGUUGAAGCCCGUCAAAAUGAAGAAGAUAUUCCGCGAGGUCAAGAUCCUUAAGAACAUCACGGGGGGGCCCAACGUGAUCGCCCUUUUGGACAUCGUGCGCGACGCCAACUCGAAGAUCCCGGCGUUGAUUUUCGAGCAGGUCAAGAACGUCGACUUCCGCGUGUUGUACGCCAAGUUCUCCAUCCCGGACAUCCAGUACUACUUCACGCAGCUCCUCAUUGCCUUGGACUACUCGCACUCCAUGGGCAUCAUGCACCGCGACGUCAAGCCGCAAAACAUCAUGAUCGAUCCGCAGAGCAAGAAGUUGCGCCUCAUCGACUGGGGCUUGGCCGAGUUCUACCACGCGGGCAUGGACUACAACGUGCGCGUGGCGUCGCGCUACCACAAGGGCCCCGAGCUUUUGAUCAACCUACAACAGUACGACUACUCGCUCGACUUGUGGUCCGUGGGCUGCAUGCUCGCGGCCAUCAUCUUCAAGAAGGAGCCGUUCUUCCGCGGCGACUCCAACAACGACCAGCUCGUGCAGAUCGCCAAGGUCUUGGGCACCAAGGACUUGAUGGCCUACGUCAACAAGUACGGCAUCAAGUUGAGCGACGAGUACGACCCCAUUUUGGGCAACUAUCCGCGCAAGCCCUGGUCCGCGUUUGUGACCAAGGACAACCGCCACUUGGUGCUGGAGGAGGUGGUGGACUUGAUCGACAAGUUGUUGACCUACGACCACCAGUUGCGUCCCACGGCGAAGGAGACCCUUGCCCACCCGUUCUUCUCCAUGCAGUGA